UCCAGCGCAAGCUUCCUCAAGUCUCCUGUGCAGGAAUCGCGUCGCCAUGGCCCAUUCAAGGUCCCGUCCCCGUCUGCCUCUGUCCUCUGCCCUCUCUGGCUUGCAGGCAGGUCCUCCUGCCGUGGAGCUGGAGCCAGGCUCGACAUCGGAUGUAUGCACCAUCUCCGAAGCGAGGGAGCUCGAGGGACUGUUGCGACAAGGUUCGGGCCUUGUCAUGCAAGCUCUGAGUUUUUGUGCAGGGCUCUUUAUAGUGGGCUGUCGACCAGACCUGCGCGGCUGGUCAUUAAAUGACAAGUAUUAUUUCGAUUGGCUUCCUCGGCUCGGUCCUUCAUACAUAAGCAACAUGCUCGAAUCGUAUUUCCUAACAUCCGAGGUACCUUCAAUCAUAUUUACAGCCCCUCUCUCAAUCUUUUUUUGGAAUUUUGUCAUCCGACUUACCCCACCACCCCCUUACCUUUAUACCUUCGUUACCCUUCAGUCUUUUGCUUUUUUUUUUUUAAAAAAAAUACCUCCACUCGGCCUCUGCUCAAUCGCGUCGCCGUGUCUAUCAUACCCUUCACCAGGAUUUCACUCAAGUUCACACCAACCUAAACAAACAAACAAAUAAACAACUCAAUCAGCAUGAACCCGUAUCAGGUCUAUCUGUUCCUAUCGCUGGCCCUCUAUCCAGGCGCCUUCUCCCUCCUAACUGGAUUUGAUCCCAAGAACUUACCCUACCAGAGUGACGGUGCCGCCGGCCAAACGGGAUACAACCAAUGCGGAAACAAAGCUGAUAAGAACAGUCAAUGCCAGAACCUAUACAUCAACUCCGCCGAGGAUUUUUGCGUGUUUGCGCCUCCCAGAGUUCUACCCGUCGGUGAGGCAGAGCGGAUUGCUGUUGCCUACUGCUCCAAAUACGGCCAUGGAACUCGUUUGAUCCCACCCGGAACCUUCAAAACUCUGCAUUAUGUUCGCACGCCCCAUUACAUCCAAAUUACCUCCAUUGGUGACUUCACCAAGCUUAACGUCCCAGCAAAUGACGAGGGCGGUGAAUUAGAUCCUUCCGGUCCUGACGGCCAUGGUAACCCGGUCGGUGGAUUGGUCUUUGGCGAACGAGGUCAAUUCAAUCACUGGACGGAGUUCCUUUCCUACAAUGAGCUCUCCAUCCGAGCCUGUUUCAAUACCGACCAAGCUUACAGGUACUGUGAACAUAUCUAUGACUUGGAGGGAAGUCGUUGGAACAUGCCUGGAGAGUACGAUACUCCUGGAUUCGACCAGUGUGAGGGAGAGGAUGUUCCUCUUCCUAUGGGUGAAUACCGCCGACCCGACGGCUCGAUCUACAAAUGGAAGCGAGGCAGCUCCCCCAUGCCGCCACCCGGUGCCCCUGGAAAGAUCAAAACCUGCAAGAAGGUCCGAGCCCCCGGCUUGAACUACCCCCGUUCCACCAGACGUUGAUUUCCUCAGAGAUGGAAUGUCGGUUGAAGCAAGCAAGGAAGAAACUCUUAAUCCGUGGAUCCUCCAACUUUCAGCAUGAGACAUGAAGUUCAUUCACGGUUUUUUUCAUUCAUUCAUGGCUGCUGUUAUUUAUUUAUUUUUUUAGUCAUCUGUUGUGUCGAAGUUAAGCCCUUUUCCCCCUCCCUGGUCCGUAAUCCUUGAUGUCAUAAUUUUUACUGUCAGGUUUUCUUACAAAACCGACAUGAAUAAUAAUGAAUAAUCAAUAUGAGACAUGUGCCACAAGCGUUGAUCAGAG